UCUUCUCUCUGGUGCUGUGGGUAGGCCGGCGCCGCCGGCCGACGGGUGGGGAGGAGACCGACGGGGCGAGACAGGAGAGGAGGUCCGGCGGCCGGCGGCGGCGGCGACGGCGACUACGCGAGAGCAGGGGAGCAAGGCGGCGGCGGCGGCGACGACGCGGCGCCGAUGUGCACUUGGUCUCGGUGAAGAUUGGGAAGUCGUCGUCCCCGUAGGAUUCGUGCCUCCCGACGAUGCGCCUGGCUUGCCGCCGCCGCGGAGAUCGUCGGCACCAUGAAGUUCUUCGCGGCGCCCGAGGGGCGAGCGGGCUUGGGCGCCGUCGUCCUCGUCGCCGCGUCACGCUGCCCGCUGUUCUCCUUCUUCGCGCUACUUGUUCUUCUCCUAUUCCAGCCGCACCACCAGCUUGCCGCGUCCCACGUCGCCGUGAACCAGCAGGUGAGCCUUGUGCCGGAUGCGGCGGCGGCGAAGGCGGCCGGGGUCGGGAACGGCGCGGUGGUGGACGUGGGCGACGAGGAGGAGGAGGGCAGCGGGUCGAGGUGGAUGCUGAUAGUGGUGACGACGACGCGGUCGGGCGGCCGGGAGCGGCGGCGGCGCAACGCCGCGCUCGCCCACGUCGAGAAGCACUACUUCUCCGGCGUCGUCCACUUCGCCGACGCCGCCGGUGUCUACGACGCCCAUUUCUUCGACAAGAUCCGCCAGACCGAGGCACCCAACCCGCAACUCCAACUCGCCAACCCACCCUGUACCCGCCGCUCGAUCGCCGCCGUUCUCGCCCGAAGAAGGAAAGCGCCAUGGCGUCGAUGAAGCGGAAGUGCCCCGAUGACGAGACGGCCUGCGGCUCCGGCGCCGGCGCCGCCAUGUGCGUCACCGGCUGCGGAUUCUUCGGCUCCGAGGCCACCAACAACAUGUGCUCCCGGUGCUACCGCGAGCACUCCGCGGACAACGACGCCGUGGAGGAGGCGGCGGCAGCCAACAGCGACCUCGAGCUGGUUGGCGUGGCGGAGACGACGACGAAGAAGGCCAGGAUGAGCGCCGUCGUCCCCGUCGCCGUCGCGUCAUCUUCAUCGGCGGCGGCAGAGCAGCCGGCGGCGAAGGCUGCUACGGCGCCGAACCGGUGCGCGGCGUGCCGGAAGAAGGUGGGGCUGACGGGGUUCAAGUGCCGGUGCGGCGGCAACUUCUGUGGCGGCCACCGCCACGCCGACGCCCACGGCUGCGGCUUCGACUACAAGAGCGCCGGGAAGGAGCAGAUCGCCAAGCAGAACCCGCUCGUCGUCGCCGACAAGCUGGCCACCCGGAUUUGAGCUCUCCUCUCUCUCUUCCAUGGAAUCCAACAGCAGUCUGCAAAACCAUCGACGAGCACAAGCAAACAUUGAGUAGCAAGCUCAGUGAUCUGUUCUGAAACAUGUAAGAUUGAAUACUUGCAUGUAAUUUAGUAUUUGUUUUCACUGAAGAAACAUGUUCCCAUUGACAAUAAUCUUUAUUUAUGAGCCAAAAGAACAGAUCUUUGUUUAGGUGAUAGAAAUCAUCCAUUUGUUAAGCUUGUUGUUGAUUGAUGCACGCAUCAAAUAGUACAAAUUGACACAAGCAGGCUCUGGUUCAAUCCCUGCUUACCGGCUUGCACAUAA